AAAUAAUAAAAAUUGCAUAAACAAUUGUGGAGUCAAUGGUUUCAAGUCAACAUGAUGGAAUUUUCAACAAUUGAUUUGAGAAAGCAGACCAAUCUUUUUGGACUUGUCAUAAUGAUAACACAAGACAAAGAACAUAUCGCAAGUGGCAAACGGAGAAAAUAGCUUUGAGAAAGAAAAAAAUGCUGAAGCCAUGUUCUCCUCUCUCCUGCUUCCUCUUCAUCUUCUUCUUCUUCUUCUUCUUCAUACCAAAACUAUCUUUCUCUUGCCCACAAGACCAAAGACAAUCACUUCUUGAGUUCAAGAACUUGCUGAUGACUCACCAUGUCAAGAACCACUCUGUAGCAGAAAUGGAAUUAAUGGGACGUUUCAAAACAUGGAGGCCAAACUCAGAUUGCUGCAAAUGGCAGCUCGUUAGUUGCAAUGCUCGUUUACCUUCCAGAGAAGUCACACACCUAAAUAUUAGCUCUCUUUACUUUUAUGGCUCAGUCUCAGUAUCAGUGAGUUUAAGCAUUCUGAGACCGGUUCUGCGUAUAAAUUCUCUCCUUACGCUUGAUAUCUCGUCUAAUUAUAUAAAAGGAGAGAUUCCUGGGGAUGCGUUUGUGAACUUGACCAGCUUGAUCUCUCUUGACAUAAGUUAUAAUCACUUUGGUGGAUCUAUCCCUCCUAAAUUGUUCUCUUUGAAGACUCUUCAGUAUCUUAACAUAAGCCUGAGUGGUUUUACGGGAGAGAUUCCUGAAGAUGCGUUUAUGAACUUGACCAGCUUGAUCUUUUUUGACAUGAGUUAUAAUAGUUUCAACGGCUCUAUCCCUCCUAAAUUGUUCUCUUUGAAGACUCUUCAGCUUCUUGACUUAAGUAAUAAUGUUAUUGGCGGAACGUUGAGUGGUAACAUCAAAGAGCUAAAGAAUCUGCAGGAAUUGAUCUUAGAUGAGAAUCUCAUUAGAGGACAGAUUCCUCCAGAAAUAGGUAGUCUUGCCGAAUUACGGAAGCUGAGUUUGAGGCAGAACAAGUUCGAUGGUUCUUUACCGUGGUCUGUAUCACGGUUAACGAAGCUCAAAAAGUUUGAUGUUCAGAUCAAUUCUUUGUCUUCUGAGAUUCCAGACGGUAUUGGGAUCUUAGUCAAUCUAUCAACUCUGGCUUUGAGCAUGAACAAGUUUUCGGGUGGAAUUCCAUCGUCGAUUCAGAAUCUUAAAAAUCUUGAGACCUUUGAGCUUGAGAAUAAUAAUGGCUCCUUAGGUGAGAUUCCCACAGCUUGGUUGUUUGGUCUUCAGAAGCUGAAGAUACUGCGGCUUGGAGGAAACAAACUCCAAUAGAACAACAAUGGUUAUGCCUUUCAACAGUCUAAGUUAACACAUCUGUCACUUAGUUCUUGUGGCUUAGAAGGGAAUAUUCGGGAUUGGCUCAAGAAUCAAACAACUCUUGUUUACUUGGAUUUGAGCGCUAACAGACUCGAAGGAAGUUUCCCUGAGUGGAUAUCUAUUCCGAAUAUCAUAAUUUUGUCAGACAACAGACUAUCAGGCUCAUUGCCUCCAAAUUUGUUUCAGUCUGGGAGCUUAUUAUGUCUUGUACUAUCAAGGAACAACUUCUCAGGUCAGAUCCCUGAUACGAUAUCAAGCAACAACAAUGAUUCAUCGCUCAUGGUACUCAUGCUGUCUGAAAACAAUUUCUCAGGAUCAUUACCAAAGUUUAUUACUACAAUGAGUCCCUUGCUGACAUUGAUGGACUUGUCAAAGAAUAGAUUAUCAGGUGAAUUCCCGAGGUUCGGUCCUGAUUCAUACCUUGUGUGGCUCGAUAUAUCUUCCAACGACUUCUCUGGGGAUGUUCCAGCUUCCUUUGGAGGUUCCAUCAGUAUGCUCUUAAUGAGUGACAACAAUUUUAGUGGCGAAUUUCCUCAGAACUACAGAUUUUUCUCACUUCUUAUGCGUCUUGAUCUCCAUGACAACAAAAUCUCUGGAGAGUUCGCGAGUUUAACCUCCCGGUUACCUUCUUCUCUAGAGGUUCUUAGCUUGAGAAACAAUUCCCUCAGAGGUUCAAUACCAAAAGGCAUAUCAAAUCUCACAAGCCUUCAGGUCUUGGAUCUCUCUGACAACAAUCUUGAUGGAUAUCUCUCUUCAUCUCUUGGGAAUCUUACAUGCAUGAUAAAGGACAGCUCAUCUUCAGCUAUUCGUCGCAUGUUCCUCUUCAAUUUCGACGACGUAAACAGGUUCAUAGACAUCAAAACACAAGAUAUAUUUAGUCUUGCUGUGAACUGGAAGAAAUCAAAACAAGUUCUUUCCCAGAGAAACUUCUACCUCUACACUCUCAUAGAUCUCUCCAAGAACAAGCUACAUGGAGAAAUACCAACUUCUUUAGGCAAUCUCAAAAGUCUAAAGCUUUUGAACCUCUCCAACAACGAGUUCUCUGGAUCAAUCCCACAGAGUUUUGGAGAUCUUGACAAGCUAGAGAGCUUGGACCUUUCACACAACAACCUCACUGGCGAUAUCCCCAAAACGUUAUCCAAGCUAAGCGAGCUGAAUACUUUGGAUUUGAGUAACAACAAGCUUACAGGUAGAAUCCCUGAUGGUCCUCAGCUAGACAGAUUGAAUGAUCCAAACAUUUACGCAAACAACAACGAAAUCUGUGGAGUGCAAAUCCAAGUACCAUGCUCGUCUACACAGACCGAGUCACCACAUGAAGAAGAAGAGGAAGAUAAAGAGGAAACAGUGUUUUCAUGGAAAGCUGCAGCCAUAGGUUGUUCUUGUGGAUUUCUUGUAGCAGUUGGGUUCAUGUAUUCCAAUGGGAUGUGGAUGUAA